AUGGAGGACUCCCGGCCGGGUGCGGGGAAUGACUCCCGGCCGGAUGCGGGGAAUGACUCCCGGCCGGAUGCGGGGAAUGACUCCCGGCCGGGUGCGGGGAAUGACUCCCGGCCGGGUGCGGGGAAUGACUCCCGGCCGGGUGCGGGGAAUGACUCCCGGCCGGGUGCGGGGAAUGACUCCCGGCCGGGUGCGGGGAAUGACUCCCGGCCGGGUGCGGGGAAUGACUCCCGGCCGGGUGCGGGGAAUGACUCCCGGCCGGGUGCGGGGAAUGACUCCCGGCCGGGUGCGGGGAAUGACUCCCGGCCGGGUGCGGGGAAUGACUCCCGGCCGGGUGCGGGGAAGAAUCAGAAUACAAAUUACAUGAACAUAAUUGUAGUGGUGAUGUCCCAGUGA